AUGCUGCAGCCCAAUGUGAGGACGACGAGGGAACCACUACAAAGAGAAGGAGAUCCAGUGGUCGUGGUGGCAAUAUAUAGUCCUAGCCCCCGAUUCAACAAGUCGACAAACAAGGGUGAAAAUUGGAAUGCAAAGAAGGUAAAGGAUCUGAAGCACUUUCUUGCCAUCGUGCGGGUAGUCGGAGCUGCCGAGUCGAUUGACGAACCUGGCUUUGGGGAGGUUUUCAAGAAUGCUUUGGAGACGGAUCCAAAUGACAUGGACCUAGAACCUAUUCCCUGUGAUCCAAAGCAGCGCUCGUGGAAUGAUACCAUAACGAUCAUGAAACGAUUGCAUGGUUGCACCCAUGGCUCACUAUUUGGUGUCAUUGAACAGCAUAUCGAGGCAGAUAAGCAUGAGCUGAUGAAUAUUUUUGCCCAAGGCAGAGCUUGA